UGUAUACGUGUCCCCCUAAAAAAGAAUCCAUCCCCCCAACACAUUAUUCCUUUUAUUUUCUUCUCUUCCCCCCACACCAUCCUAAGCCUCAGCCUCAGCCUCAGCCUCGGCCUCGGCCUCCCCAAUCCCAGAACAUAGCAAACAAUCUAGGGGAAAAACUAAAGGAGGCUUCUUGUUUUAGGGCCACUUGAUUUCCAAUUUUCCACUGGUUCUUGUUGUAUGGGGUUGGUUUGUUUGUUUGAAGGAGGAGAAAGAGAGUGAAAGAGACCCUUGGCUGAGAUGGGUUUGCCUUAGAUCCAGGAAACUCAACUUGUAUAUACCAAAAAGUUAACCUUUUUAGGGCUUCCCCAGUGGUUAUCUGUGUUUGUUUUAGCUUUAUCCUAGGUUUUUUCUCAUGAUAACUUUUGACUUUUAUGGUUUUUUACAUAUAAAGCUUUGAAUUUGGUGUUUACAUUUUUUGCUUUAUAAUUUGUUUAAAAAAGGGUAGGUGGUGUGGACAGGUUUUAAUUACCUUCUUUCUCAAAAGAUGAAGAAUCUUGAUAAUUUGUGAUUAUGGUUUGAAUUUCAUUAAAUAUAAGGGUUGAUCCGUUGUGCUUUACCAGAUCUGUAUGAACAGAUUGUAGGGUCUCUGAGAUUCAUUGCAAUGGAGAAGGUAUUGAUAGAACCCUAUGACUUGGUCCCAAGCGUGUUGCUGGAAGGUGAUAGUUGAAGAUGAAUGGUAAAUCGUGGUUCACUCUUUAGAGAUUUUAAGUCGUAAUAAUUUGUGGAGUAGAGGCAGGAAUUGAUGGCAGAGAUGUCUCCGGCAGUUGCAGUGACGCUUAGUUUAGGUAACUCUAUGUGUGAGAACUCUGGACUCGCAGCUCAUGUGGAAAUCGCAAAGAUCAAGCUUGCAACCGAUGCAGCAAACUUGUUGUCCGAUUCUGCAAAGGUCAUUUCUCAGGAAUCUAUUUCUUGCAGCUAUGGAAAUUGUGAAGAAGAUAAGGACAGAGUUAAUAUGGUGGUGAUGUCGGAGGGUGUUGGGGAAGGAGCUGAUUCGUCGAAGAUGUUAUCUGAGAACAGAAAUAGAUCAAUUGCUACUAGUGAAUCGAUGGCUCAGGAGAGUGAGGAAGAUGAAAUUUUGUCAGUGGACACUAAUGGGAUUAUAAAUGAGGGGUUGCUGGUUUUAAAUGCAGGUUCUGAUAUAAGCUUGCGAAAUGUGGAAAUUGAAAGUGGUCGAAUUCUCGCAAAGGCUAUUAUUUUGGGAGAGUCGAACAUCGAGCAGGUGCCUACAGCUGAAGUUCUUAUUACAACAGUGAAUCCAGAUGCAAAGCUUUCUGAUGGGUUUGAUUUAAAGACCUCUGAAGUGGUAAUUCAACUGCCAAAUGAAAAGAAUCUCAAUAGAGGUUGCCGGAGUGUUUUUGAGUUGGAUUGUAUACCCCUUUGGGGUUCGGUGUCGGUUAUCGGAAAAAGAACGGAAAUGGAAGAUGCUGUUGCUGUUAUGCCUCGGUUUAUAAAGAUUCCCAUCAAAAUGCUUAUUGGUGAUCGUGUUUUCGAUGGUAUCAGUCGAAGUCUGACUGACCUUACUGGACACUUCUUCGGUGUAUAUGACGGCCAUGGUGGCUCACAGGUGGCAAACUAUUGUCGUGAUCGUAUCCAUGUGGCUUUGGCAGAAGAGAUUGGGAGCAUUAAAGACAAUUUAUGGGACGACACUAGCAAGGAAAAUCGAAAAGCACAAUGGGAGAAGACAUUUACUAGUUGUUUUUUAAAGGUUGAUGAUGAGAUCGGAGGAAAAGUUAGCAGCGGUAAUGAACAUACUUCUGGUGCUGGUUUUGAACCCAUUGCCCCCGAAACUGUUGGAUCAACUGCGGUGGUGGCCUUGGUUUGUUCGUCGCAUAUCGUUGUUGCUAACUGUGGUGAUUCAAGAGCAGUCUUGUGCCGUGGCAAAGAAGCCUUGAUACUGUCUAGUGAUCACAAACCAAAUAGAGAGGAUGAGUGUGCAAGGAUCGAGGCAUCAGGAGGCAAAGUUAUACAGUGGAACGGACAUCGUGUAUUUGGUGUUCUUGGGAUGUCAAGGUCCAUUGGUGACAGAUAUUUGAAACCGUGGAUUAUCCCGGAUCCAGAAGUUAUGUUUAUUCCUCGAGCUAGAGAAGAUGAAUGUUUGAUUCUAGCCAGCGAUGGGUUGUGGGAUGUGAUAUCAAGUGAGGAAGCUUGUGAGGUGGCUCGACGGCGAAUCCUUCUCUGGCACAAAAAGAACGGUGUUCCGUCUCUGGUUGAAAGAGGCAAAGGAGUCGACCCUGCCGCACAAUCUGCAGCUGAUUACCUUUUGAUGCUGGCCAUCCAAAAAGGUAGCAGGGACAACAUCUCUGUAAUUGUUGUAGACUUGAAAGCACAAAGGAAGUUUAAGAUCAAAUCAUAAUUAAAGUCUCUGCCGCCAAUCAUCUAAAGUCAAGGCACCAUAAUAGCUGACAUAUUAGAGUACUAGUGAAAUACAUAGCUCCGGUCCAUUACUUUUUCUUAUGGGCUUAAUGUGUGUACAAGAACAGAAAAUGUGUAUUAUAGAAGUGUUGUUGACGUAUUGCCUAUGUUUUGGUAUAAAUGGUGCCAAGCUUUUAUGCU